AUGGGCUCUGCAGCGAGUGUCGAGGGCGCUGAGAGCGCCGACGGUGACGCGGCGACGGUGCACGGUGAGGGACCGGUUCCCCAAGUGGUGCUUCUCGGCGUACAGGCCCGGAUCUCCGCCUUGGAACUCGAAUGUGUCGUCCCGGUGGAAGCCCUCGCCCCUUUGAAGUUGCAGCUGUCCGAUGCUUUGGCCGCAUGCCCAGCUGGCCACGAGAUCGGCGUGGAGGCUGGUGAGGCCGUGCGGCGCGUGGCGGAGCUUUGCAUCGCGCUGGCCGCCGAGGCAGGGCUCACCUCCGUGGGAGUGGCCGAGCUGCUUGCUGAGGGCCUCAGCGCAGCUGCGAGCCUUCUGCCUGGGUCUGGCUUUGGAGCUGAGGUGAUGGCUGUUCUCGAGCCUUUGGGAGCGGCGCUGGACGGCUUCGCGGUUCAGAUCCUGGCCAACCUGUGGCGCUUGGACGGGCCAGUGCAGCCAGAGUGGAGCAUGGAGCGCUUUGCAAAGCCGGGCGUCCUCUGCUUCGCAGACACCACGCAGCCCUUCUGCAAGCACGCCCUGGAUCUGAGGCUCUACCAGGCCCUCCAGGCUGUGUGCAUUUGGACCCUGGCCCUGUUGCUCCGUGCGAUCGGGCUCGGCGGUGGGACCUCGAAUCUCUGGGAGUUCUGCAACGCAGACGCCCUGUGUGCCCUUAUCCUCGUGAAGGGGGCCUUGAGCUUCCAGCGUGGCCGGCGCGAGACCUCCUGCGUAAGGGUGCCGCAUGACUUACCGGAGCUGCAGAAGGCGAUCCUCUCCAGUGCGCUGGGCCUCAGCCACCCGAGCCUCGUCUUUGACGGCGAGGCCGACGGCGACGUUGGCAUCGCCGAGCGCCAGGAACAGCUGCUAAGCCACUGUGCACUGCUGGCAGCCGUGGCCUCUGAGAAUGAGCUCCUGGACUGUUUGUUAUCUUAUGACUGGGCAGCGGCAGCGGACCUUGUGCCCGUGCUGGCUGCGCAUCUGGCAGUCAUGGCGAGCUCGACACAGCUCCCUCUUCCCCAUCUUGAAGAUGCUGCCACCAACUAUCUGCGGCACCUGAAGCUCCGGUCACUGAUUAUUUGGGACAUACUUCUCCUCGAGACCUCGCCUGGGCGCGGCUUCCUCCGUGACUGCGCGCAGCUCGCCUUCCACGUGGCUCCCAGCCCGGAAGCGGCCAGGUCCCUGGUCUCUCGGGUGGGCGCCGAGUGCGCCGACGCCCUCACCGUGGCCUUCUCCUGCGCCCUUCUAGCAAACGCGGGGCUCGGGCCGAAGGAGACGGCCGAGACGGAGCUCGUCUGCAAACUCUCCGCGGCGAUGCGGGGACAGGCGAGGGCUCAACUGGAGAUGACCAGUUUCUGGAGAAAGGACAAGGCGGAUGACUGGCUGUCGCUGUUCGGCCUGGAGCCCAAAGAGGCCAAACCGAAACGGCCGGAGCCGGAGCACUGCACCGUGCUUGCCGAGACCAGGAGGCGAGCGCCUUCAACUCCUGGACUUCGAGAUCUGAUGUCUGACGUUCCCAAAGAGUUUUGCUGCGCACUGGACGGCAGGCUGCUGGUGGAUCCAGUCCGCACGCCCGGCGGCUAUGUCUAUGAGCGCUCAGUGCUGGCCAAGUCCCUGGCGGAAGGAGAUCCUCGUGUGCUUUCCGACAGCCCGUACACCCUGCAAGACUGCCAGCGAGACGCAGGCUUGCGAGCCAGGAUCGUCGAUUGGGUUCGAAGCACCCACUCCCAAAGCAAGGAGAAAAGGAGCAGCGGCAUAGAUGCGGCGCUUGCUGUUUGGCUCCGAUGUGCUCGCCAAGCAGCCCGCAGCAUGGGUGCCAGCGGACAGUCGAGAUUGAAGAGACUUUGCUUCGCUUUGGCUUGGUCCGUUUCACUGGCCCAAGAUGGCUUGGCAGAUGCUGUCGUGGAGUGGAUUGGUGACUUUGUCUUCCGUGCAGGUUCGGACAGGCUGGCUGCGACAGCAUCAGCUGAGGAAGUGGAGAUGCUCACCAAACUGACCAGGUUAGCCCACAUUGCCUACGAUGAGGAGGCCCUUGGCGCGAAGUUGCCGGAUGGGUUGACGCUACGAGCUACGGGUCGCGAGCGUGCGGUGUGGUUCAUGGCGCAAGAACUUGGAAAUGUGUUUCUGGUAUUCCGUGGCACUUCGGAAUGGAAAGAUUUGCUUGCCAACGUACAGGUCUCGCCAGACCUCUCUGGAAACCAUCGGGUUCACGGUGGUUUCGCGCGUCAUGUCAGCCGGAAAGCAAACCCUAUACUUGAAGCAGAGCUGGCAAGGCUUCCGAAAGGCUGCGAUUUGCACCUCCUGGGGCACUCGCUCGGAGGUGCCAUGGCUUUAGCCCUGCUUGCAUCAGGCAGCCUUCCGGAGGAGCUGGGAAGCGUGGAGGUGACAAUGAUAGGCUCCCCGAAAGCCUUUCACGAUGUGGCACCCUCGGUGCAGGAGCUAGGUGCCAGGAAGAUAACAUUGCUUGUGAAUCACGGAGACAUCAUUCCACGCCUGCUCGGCAAUCGGAAGGUGGACAUUUCGCACCACUUGAAGCAUAUCAAGCAAUUAGAAAUUCGAGACGAAGAUUUGCCAGCUCUGGCGAAUUACAAGCACCCAGAUGGUUUGAACUUGGUAGUGUUGCGAGGCACACAAGCAUUGAAGCCAUCACCACUUCUUCAUGAUCAGGUUUGGCUGGAUCCGACGGCCCUUGCAGGCAUGAAAUGGGACCCUGUGACGGAUCAUCAAAUCACGGAGUAUGUGCAGUCACUCGACUCCCUCGAUCCCUCCAAGUUAGGUGAACGCAUGGUUGCUCGCAAGUGGCUCUCUUUCCGCGAUUCAAGGUCGCGCCCCGCUUCCGUGAGGUUAAAGUCAAGGAAUUUCCGCGACGGCAAUUUGUGCAGAGAGCCGUGGAAAGCCCUUCUGGUUCAAGUCUCCCAGUCUACCUCCCUGUCCUCGCUCGCCCCCACGCUUUGCCGCGGAUUCCGCAAGGGCAUGGUGCCCCCGGCGGUUACCGCCGUGCAGAGGAGGUUCUUGAACCUGCACGAGUACCAGGCGCAGAUCAUCUUCCAGAAGUUUGGAGUCGGCGUGCCGAAGAACCUGCCCGCUUUCUCUGUCACAGAAGCGGUGGAGAAGGCCAAGGAGAUCCCCGGUGACGAGGUGGUGGUGAAGGCCCAGGUUCUCGCUGGCGGCCGAGGCCUGGGCCACUUCAAGGAGAACAGCUUCCAGGGCGGGGUGCACAUCGUGCCCAAGACCAAGGUCGCCGAGAUUGCCGAGAAAAUGCUCGGAAAGACGCUCAUCACCAAGCAGACUGGGGAGGAGGGCAAGCCCAACAACACGGUGCUCCUGGCCGAGAAGGUCUCAAUCAAAGAUGAGAAGUACUUCGCCAUUUUGAUGGACCGGGCAAGCGGCGGCCCGCUCAUGAUCGGCAGCAAGACCGGAGGAACCUCCAUCGAGGACAUCGCAGCAGCAGACCCCACGGCCAUCAUCAGAACACCGGUGGACAUCAUCGAAGGCAUCAAGAUGCCGGAUGCCGAGAAGAUGGCGACCGAGAUGGGCUUCAGCGGUGCCCAGGCAAAGGAAGCGGCAACCCUGAUGGCCAAUCUCUACAAGGUCUUCAUCGAGUGCGACUGCACCAUGCUGGAGAUCAACCCGCUGGCCUCGUUGACGGACGGUCGUGUGCUGGUCUGCGACUCCAAGGUCAACUUCGACGACAAUGCCUCCUACCGCCAGAAGGAGAUUCAUGACCAGCGGGACACCUCCCAGGAGAACCCUAUCGAGGUGGAGGCCAAGAAGUAUGACUUGAACUACAUCAAGCUGGACGGCAAUGUGGCGUGCAUGGUGAACGGAGCUGGCCUGGCGAUGUCCACCAUGGACCUUCUCAGCAUCCUCGGCGGAAGCCCCGCCAACUUCCUGGACGUGGGCGGUGCAUCUACUGUGGAGACCAUGACCAUGGCGUUCAAGAUCAUCAUGGGCGACCCCAACGUGAAGUCCAUCUUCGUCAACAUCUUCGGCGGCAUCGCCCGCUGCGAUCACAUCGCAGAGGCCGUUGUGGCGGGGGUGAAGGCUGUGGGUGGCAACGCGGCCAUCAAGCCGCUGGUGAUCCGCCUGGAAGGCACGAAUGUCGAGGCUGGCAUGAAGAUCAUCAAAGAGAGCGGAGUGGAAGCUUUCCUCACUAACGACUUCACCACUGGUGCCAAGAAAGCCGUCGAGCUUGCGACCAAGUGCACCACCGCGGCCUUCGCCAGCGCGGCGAAGGUUGCCAGAUUCAAGAAUCAGAAGCUUCAACUUCGGUACGCCAAAGUGCGUCAAUUCCGAGAUCGACAGAAGGAGGGUGACUUCCCGGUCCUGCUCAGACCACACGCGAUACCGGAGGUCCGUGAUCUUCAGGACCAAUCCUUGGACGCAGAGGCUGAGGUGGAGGAAGCUACAGCCCGACGUCCGGCUCAGGGAAGCUCCAAACCAUCGAAGUUUUCUGGGCCGAAAGGCGACACGGCGAAGGUGGCCUCUCUGAAGGAGACGAAGGCUAUGAAACCUCCGGAGGUGCCCCGCUUCAAUCCGGACCGGGACAUGAGCGAGCAGGAAGCUGCCGAGCUGAGGGCGUCCAAAGCGCGCCUUUUGGCAAAGCAGCUGGCAGAGCGCAACUACAGGUAUAUCCCCAACCCGCACAGCGAAAGACCCGGCCCGCUCGGGACGGACGCCCAGGCGGAGGCCGACUACUUCGACCGGUAUUUCAACGGCCGGCCUCCAACGCGAGACCGCCCACCACCGACCUUGUCCACUAUGGACGGCGCUCCGGAGGACCUCGUGGACCCGCGCCGCGCGAAGCCAAAGCGAGAGCGAAUCUCGCCCAAGCGAUUUUGGAUACAGCCAGAUCAUGUUACGCCGGAUGCACCGACUGUGGCCUUCAUGAACUCGCGCGAGCUGAAGUAUGCCAUGGUUAACGAGGCCUACUUGGUGCGGAAGUGGCGCAACGACCAGCCUGAGGGACGCAAUGCGGGGCUUCCCGCUGGUGCUGCAGAGCUUUGGAUGGCCUUUGGCUAUCGCGCGGCAGAGCUCUCAUGUGGUCGCUCAGUCCGACCUUUGCCGGGUGAGGAUGCGGAGGGUACUGGCACGGGCAGAGUGCCCCGGAACCGGUGUAGCCUGUCGACUACCCUGCGCUUCCUCCAGGCGAUGGCGUCCGUGCAGGCGGGGCCCUUCAGCGCCCUGCAGCUGUCCAAGGCCCCGUCUUUGCCAGUGCUCUCCACUCCUUCGCUGGGCGAGGAGGAGGCGCUGAAAGCGCGGACCCACGCGGCCCUUCUCCGGCUCAACUGCGGUUGGCGAUCCACCUACGGCUCGAUGUGCGAUGACAUCCCGAAGCUGGCAAAGGAGCCAAUCGCGGCGCGCCCCGAGGAGAGCGGGGAGCGGCAGCUGCCGUGGACAAAGAUGGAUUCUGAGUACAGGACAAGGUUCGUGGACCACAACUCACCUCCGCCUGCCCGCCCAGUGCCGAAGAAGUUGUAUGUUCCUACACCGGCCGAGCUUCAGCGGGAGCAUGCGGCCAAGGAGAAGCAUUUGAAGCUUAUCGAGGAGGCACGUGCCAAAGAACGACGCCGCUUGGAUGGGCAGCGGUCCGAGCUGAACACCGGCCCGCUCACUGCUCCCUUGAAGCCACCCGGAUCGGAGGUCCACUACAACUACGUCGGUGGGCCGCCGCCCUCACUUUGGAGGAGCGAUUACCGCGGCAACCUCCAAGCAUAUGUACAUACUGCCACCGCGAACGCCAGGAUGGCCCAGCCUACGCCGCUGGCCGUGGUUUCUUCACCCAUCUCCCUCUUUCCUGGCGUGAUCGGCCAUCCAGACAUGUGA